GCUGCCUGCCAUGUAACCAGCCAGUUCCACCCCCCUCCCCUUUUAUAUCAGCUGAGCACGGACAGGGGGCAUCGCGCAGGGACGGGACCGGGAAAGAGGCGGAGUCUUAGCAGCGCCUGGCUGGCAUCCGACUUCAUCAUGUCUGCUACCGAAAAUGCUGCAGCCCCCCCUGCCCAGGGCGAGGAGCCAGAUCAGCCCCCGCAGAACGUAGUGAGCAGGGUGGCCAACCUGCCCUUGGUCAGCUCCACCUACGACAUGGUCUCCACGGCCUACGCCUCCACCAAGGAGAACCACCCGUACAUCCGGUCGGUCUGCGACGCAGCGGAGAAGGGUGUGAAGACCAUCACUGCCGCGGCCGUCGGGAGCGCCCAGCCCAUCCUGACCAAACUGGAGCCGCAGAUCUCCACAGUGAACGAGUACGCAUGCAAGGGGCUGGAUAAACUGGAGGCGACGCUGCCGAUCCUUCAGCAGCCGACGGAGAAGGUUGUAGCUGACACCAAGGAGCUGGUGUCCUCCACAGUGACUGGUGCCAGAGAUGCUGUCUCUAGCACAGUCAAUGGCGCGAAGGGUGCUGUGACCGGAGUGGUGGACAUGGCUAAAGGUGCCGUCCAGGGCAGCGUGGAGAUGACCAGAUCGGUGGUGACCAGUGGCGUGAGCACCGUCAUGGGGUCCAGGGUGGGCCAGAUGGUGGGGAGGGGCGGGAGCUGGUGUCCUCCACAGCUGGCUGGACCCGUCUGUCCCCUCUCGUCCUCCCCAGCUAAACUGGCCACCUCGGUGGAAGGCUUCGAGGUGGAGCAGCAGAAGCAGCAGCAGAGCUACUUUGUGCGCCUGGGGUCCCUGUCCACCAAGCUGCGCCACCGGGCCUACCAGCACUCCCUGGGCAAGCUGCGGGAUGCCCGGCAGAGCACCCAAGAGGCUCUGUCCCAGCUCCACCAAACCAUAGAGCUGAUUGAAAGCGUCAAGCAGGGUGUGGACCAGAAGCUCCAUGAUGGGCAGGAGAAACUGCACCGCAUGUGGCUGGAGUGGAGCAGGAGGCAGUCCGGAGGGGAAGGAGGUUCGGGUGCCGCACAGCCCGAGGUGGAGUCUCAGACACUGGUCAUGUUCCGCGGCAUCACCCACCAGCUGCAAGCCACUUGCCUGAGCCUGAUGGCCAAUGUCCAGGGCCUCCCCACCAGCGUGCAGGACCAGGCCCGGCAGCUGCGCCACCACGUGGAAGAGCUCCACGCCUCCUUUGCUGCUGCCCAGUCCUUCCAAGACCUGUCCCACGCCAUCCUGACCCAGAGCCGGGAGCGGGUGGCCAAGGCCCGGGAGUCCAUGGACCAGCUGCUGGACUACGUGGUGCAGAACACCCCCCUGCCGUGGCUCGUGGGACCAUUUGCUCCCCGAAAAGGAAGGGGAGGAGGAGGCAGCUGCUAG